AAUGAUCAUCCGCCAUUUCCACCCCUGCGCAGAGCGGUACACUCUCGGUCCGGCCGUUUGCCCGGCCGGACCCUCGCCCAUGAUCACUUGGAGCACCUCCCUCGCUUCCCAUGGCAAUGGAGAAGAACCAAGACUCGCAUGUGAUCAUGGGCAGGUACAGGCUCGGCCGCCUCCUCGGCCGCGGCAACUUCGCCAAGGUCUACAAGGCCCAUAAAGUGGCCACCGGCGAGGCCGUGGCCAUCAAGGUGUUCGACAAGGAAGCCGUGCGCCGAUCCGGCAUGGUGGAGCAGGUGAAGCGCGAGGUGGACGUCAUGCGGCGCGUGCACCACCCGCACGUCGUCCGCCUCCACGAAGUUAUGGCCACGCGGUCCAGGAUCUACUUCGCCAUGGAGUACGCGAGCGGCGGGGAGCUCUUCGCGCACCUCUCGCGGAGCACGCGCUUCCCGGAGCCCGUCGUGCGCCGGUACUUCCAGCAGCUGGUCACGGCCGUCGAGUUCUGCCAUGGCCGCGGCGUGUACCACCGCGACCUCAAGCCUGAGAAUCUCCUUCUCGACGCGCGCGGCGACCUCAAGGUCUCGGACUUCGGGCUCAGCGCGCUGGACGCCAGCGACGGCCUCUUGCACACCGCGUGCGGCACGCCAGCGUACGUCGCCCCUGAGGUGCUCCUGAAGCGUGGCUACGAUGGCGCGAAGGCGGACAUCUGGUCCUGCGGCGUGAUCCUCUUCGUGCUCCUGGCCGGUUACCUCCCUUUCAACGACACCAACCUGGUGUGCCUGUACCAGAAGAUCAUGGACAGCAACUACAAGUGCCCGCCGUGGUUCUCCGUCGACGCGCGCAAGCUCAUCGCCCGGCUUCUCGACCCAAACCCCAAGACCAGGAUCACCAUCUCCAAACUCAUGGACAAGCCCUGGUUCCAGAAAGGCCCCUGCCCCCUAAGCGACAAGCCUCUCGUAACGAGCGAAACUGCCUUGCUGCUCGGCAAGGAAGCCUGUAGGGACCACCACCACCGCGACGAUGAGGAGGAGGAGGACGCCCGGAAGAGGAAGCGGUCCAAGGUGGCCGUGUCGUCGGCGAACAUCGCGGUGAUGCCGUCGAGCAUGAACGCCUUCGACAUCAUCUCGCGAUCGAGUGGGCUGGACCUGUCCAAGAUGUUCGACGCGGAGCACAGGUCGGAGGCGCGGUUCUCCACCAGGGAGACCACGGCGACGAUAGUGUCCAAGCUGGAGGAGAUCGCGGGGGCGCGGGGGCUCAGCUUCAAGGUGAAGGAGAAGGGCAGGGUCGAGAUGGAGGGCAGCCAGGACGGCCUGAGAGGCGCGCUCGCCAUCGAGGCGGAGAUCUUCGAGGUGGUGCCGUCGGUGCACGUGGUGGAGAUGAGGAAGACAGGCGGUGACUCGCUCGAGUUCCGGGACUUCUACAAGCAGGAUCUGAAGCCAUCGCUGGGAGACAUUGUGUGGUCGUGGCAGCGCGGUGACUCGCCGCCGCCGGCGCUUGUGCCGGUGGCGCCGAGGAGACCGACCAUGGAGCGUUCUUGAUUUGCCGACGUGCACUGACCCGUGUUGCUCUUGUAAUUGAUCAGGCCCGCCCACAUGUUUCUGAAUUUCUGGGCUUCCGGUAUUUUGCAUAUGACCGUCUGUGCGGGUUUCCGGAGCAUGAAUAUAUAAGCUUGGUGUUUUGCUGUACGAAUGAGGUGUAGCAGGUUGCGAAUCAGAAAUUCAUAGGACGUU